CCUCUCAAGAUUCUUUCCGCUUGUAUCUCUAGUAAGUUUCCUGUGGAGCUCACAAAUAAGCCACGUUGCAACGAGAGGAGAUAAAGUGAGGAUGUAAUUGGCGGGGAGAUAAAUAAAUAGACGAGUUUGGCACUGGCUCUUUCGUCAGACAUUCCGGUUUCUGUGAAGUCGCAGUGAACGGCUUUUCUUGCCUUCUACUUGAUAUUCGAAAUCAAACUUAACAUGCCUUCUUACAAGCUGAUUUAUUUUCCCGUCACAGCGUUGGCCGAGCCAAUUCGUUUCCUGUUCAGCUAUGCUAAUAUCGACUUUGUAGAUGAACGUUUUGAUAGGGAUGACUGGCCGAAGAUUAAGCCGACUAUGCCAUUCGGUAAAGUACCCGUACUGGAAGUAGAUGGAAAAAAGAUCAAUCAAUCCGUAGCUAUUUCUCGUUAUUUGGCAAAACAAUGUGAUCUUGCUGGCAAGAACGAUUGGGAAGCUCUGGAAAUUGACGCGACUGUUGACACUAUACAUGAUUUACGCGCCUGUAUCGCAGCUUAUUCUUACGAAGAUAAUGAACAGGCUAAAGAACAGAAACUUAAGAAUGCUAAGGAGAUGGUGCCGUACUACUUGGAACGUCUGGAUGCUCAAGUAGAAAAGAAUGAUGGUUAUCUUGUCGGCGGUGCUCUGUCCUGGGCCGAUUUCACCUUUGUCGGUCUCUUGGACUACCUCAACUACAUGAUGAAAGAAAACAUUAUUGAAAAGUAUGAUAACUUGAAGCAACUCCAAAAGAAAGUCGAAGAGAUACCGGCCAUCAAGAAAUGGAUCGAAAAGCGUCCGCCAACGAUGUUUCAGAAUUAAUUCAAUUUCAUCAAAUGAUGAUUGAUUUUUUGAGAGUUUGUUAUUUGAAUCAAAAUGAAAAUAUCGAUCUUCCUUUUUUU